AUUUGCAUUCGCAUUGCAACUUGCAACAGCUGUUGAAGUUGAAACAAGCAAUAGUACGAAGAUGCAUUGAAAAUUGAAAGUGAUAGUGUUAUGGUACUUUAUAGCUUAAAUUAGUUAUAAUUUUCCUUUAGUUAUAGGUUGUGCAUUAGUUAUUAUUCAUUUGAAUAAAUUUGUGAAAAAUGUAUUCUACCAGUCCGUACUGUAGACUCUGUUUACAGACAAGCGACUGUGGUUCACUUGUUGAAAUAUUUAAAGACAAUCUCUUUGAAGGAUUGGUAGAUCCGUGUGAAAUUAUCAGAACAUUUUUAGGUAUUGAUAUUUCACAAGAUGAUGGACUUUCCCGUGUUUUAUGCCGAAAGUGUAUCGGGAUAAUUACUCUUUUUAAAGACUAUCGCGGAAAAGUGAAUACUAAUAACGACUUUUUAAAAGGUGUUUUAAACAUAGCAAAGAGUAGGCCUAGUGACAAAGCUGUAACUGAUUCGGUGGUUGAGGAAAGUAAUGUUGCUCUUGAGAAAGCAUCCAACUCAACAAACUAUCGCCGACCAGGACCCAAAUCUAAAAGAAGACCUAUUAGGAGUGAAACAUGUACCUCAGUUGAAACUAGUAGGUCUACUCCUACCCUUCCCACCAAUGAAGUUGAGGUAUCCAAUAACUUCACACUAAAUUCUUCUGCUCAACAAAAUUCCACUUCCAAUUCAGAAAAAUCGGACCAACAAAAUGGUAGUUGUAUGGCUCAAGGCUUACAAGAUGCUAUUUAUGAAAAUAUCACUUCCGUUUCUGAAAAUUCCGAUCAACAAAAGAUUGACUCACAAGAUGCUACACAUCAAAAUACAACUUCCAAUUCUGAAACCUCCGACCAACAAAAGUCAGACGAUAUUCUAUCUGAUGCAUCUACAAUAUUGUUAGAUCAAUCCAAAAAUGCUAGAAGCAAUCCCACAACAGACUCUGACAAUGCAAUGGAUCUAGAUCAAUCAAGUUUUGCUCAAGUGCCAGUCACUCCUUGUGAACCCUCAAAAUCUCUUGAAAAAACUGAUGAAAUUGAUAUUCCUACACAUGAAACGCCUGAGGUUGAAGAUGAUAGGAGUAAUUCUAAACGGAGGGGGCGUCCAUGUAAACCCAUCCAUUUCUGUGAGCAUUGUAAUCGACCAUUUUUCAACAAACACCAGUACAAAGAUCACAAGUUACAACACAAAGUUCUAAGUACAAGAAUGUUUGUGUGUAAAGUCUGUAAAAUGGCCUAUUCAAACAAUCUAGAUGUUGAAAAGCACCACCCAAGUUUCCAUCCUUUUGCAAGCUUAGACACUGCCAAACAUAGUCAAUCUGAUGAUAUAGGACAAGUUGCUAUAGCUUCCGAGCCUCAAGUUGAUAACAAUCAGCAAACCAACAACACUGUUAAUUUUGACAUUAUUGAAACAGCAGAACAAACACCACCUACCACACCUGUAAAAAGAAAACGCAUGUCAAAGCAAAGUAGGCCUUCUUCCAAAAGAGUUCGAACCACUGUUGAAAAGAUAUCGGAUAAACGUCAUUCAGAAAACGUCACAGUUGCUGAGAUACACACGACACCCGAUGAAACAUCUAAUCUACAAGAUAACUCCCAAGCUCAAUCGCCUACAAAAAUCAUAGACAUUAGUACUGCCCCCAUAUCAGCGCUGAUUCCAGCUUCAACACAAUCAAGUAACUCUUGUGAAAAAAUGGACUGUAGCGAUAACAUUGAGGUUAUCUCCGAUGACGAUAUGGAAGGACAUUCCAUUCUAGACAACAAAGGUUCCAAAAUUGAUGUGAUCAAACUUCAAAAUACCGAUAGGCCUACGUCAAAAUGUAAUUCACCAGCUACAAUAACCAACGAGGACAAUGUUUUCCGAAGUUGAGGACUUGAAACUACAAACUAAUGUGACUUGUGCAUCUGCGUCACAAGCUCCAAAGAUGGCAUCAUCCAAGGAAGAAAAGGUUUGCAACAAAUGCAACACUUUUAAAUCAAUCAGCAUGAAGGAGAUCUUCAUACAUAAGAAGAAUUGCCGCAAAGAAGUGCGUUGACUUCUCUGAGGAUCGAUCAUGCCCACAUCAGCGCUGGACUUGUGCGUGGAUAAUGGACUAGAUCUUCUACACUGCCACUCAACGACACUAAACUAUAAAAUAAAUUAAGACUUGGUUCUCCAUCCGAAGAAAUAACAGCGUUGCCAAUAUUCAUGUGAAAAAAAGUUGAUAAACGUUGAAGGUGUAUGGUGUCACGAUGUAUGAAAAAGAUUGAAACAUGGAUCAGUACACAAAAGAACAAGGCAUUUAGUUGCAACUGACAAAUAGAUCUUUUAUAGGAAAGGAAAAAAGUGUUUCUUCUCUCUCAACUGCAUAUCUAUUGGUUUUAUUCUUUAAAAGGUUCAUUUUGAUACUCCUUAUUUCUAUUUUCACACUUUUAUUGAUAUUUUUAUAAAAUGAUUAUAAUUAAGACCAAAUUGGUCUCCCCUUCAGAGUAAAAACAUUGCAAAAGUUCAGAUUUAACGUUUUUACAUUGUUCUCAAGUGAAUAUGAAAAUACAUUUGAAACGUUUUAGAUUAUAAACUAACAUAUUCUGUAUGUUAGGUGAAAAAUAAUGAUGACACAGAGUAUUACAUAUCAAAAAUUUUAACUUUUAAUGCAAAAUAUAAAAAUAAAAUGAAUUUCAAUAUUAAAUGUUAUUAAGACAAAUACAAAAUUAAAUUCAUAAACAAUAAUCUGCCAGUUUUAUUCUGCAUUGCUGAACAACGAAUCAAAAAAUAUUUUUUUCUCAGCUGGUAAAUAAUCCAUAAGUCCAAUAGCUUUUGAAGGUCUGCCAGUUUUGCUGGAUUCACUAGCAAAUUAUCGGGAUACAGAUUUGAUAGUGUUGCAGGCUCAACUAUGUGGUAGACUGAUGAGAUAUUCUUAGAUGCUCUUCCUCUCGGUUUCUUGAAAAUGUUCGAUACAGCCCAGUUUUCAAUGGUGCUGUGACUCUUCCUUAUCCUCAUCACGGUUGGUUCAUCUCAUGUGAAUUGAAUCCACCUAGCCUCACUUAUUGUACGUCAAAAGGAAGAGUAUUCAAAACUUAUCCUGAAUGAUACAUUAUUAUAUGUACAACAAUCUUCAACGUUUUGCUAAUCCAUCUCAUUUAUUACUUCCUUCUUCUAGAAAAACAAGAGUUGAUUUACCUUCCCGAUGUUCACACUUUGAAUAAGGUUUUUGAUUGUUAAAAUCAUCAAUAGCUUGUACAUUCUGUACACUCUGAAAUUUCGGGUUAUAGACUUCACAAUAAUAAUCUCCAUUUCUGUCAAGAUCAUAUCUGUGGCUUGGUGCAAAAAGUGCCAAAGUCAGAAAUCAAGAUUUUUGGUAAAAGGAGCUUGAAAGAAAGCUUGUACUUUCUUUCUCACACUGUCCAUCAACAAUAUCUUCCAUGCGAUUUAUAUCAUAUCUUGUCAGUAUAUGAAUUAGUUCAUGACAAUUUUAGUUGUAAUACUUCCAUUCGCCUCCAAAGAAUAGCUUUCAAUUUUGAUAUGACAUUGGCACUUCUUGCUCGGCGAACUGUGGAUUUGAAGUACAUUGGUAUUGAUUCCAUGUAGUUUAUGGGUAAAUUUACAUUGCAUAGCCUCAAUUUCUAAGUGUAAUGAACUCAAUAAUACAUUGAUACAUAUUUAUAAUUACAUGGAAAUAAUUGAAUAAAAAAACAAAUAUGUUUUCAAAUUCUACACUGUUUUAUUUAGUACACGACCAUGGUUUCCUGACCACACUGGUCACAUUUUCAAGUUGACUAAAGCUAAAAGGUUAAGGUAAACAUUGAACAUUAAAAUUGGUACAUGUUAGCCAACAUAACUUGAUACAUUUAGUAAAGAGAAAUAGUAAUUGGAAACUUCUAAUUUACUGUUGUUUGAAUAUAUUACAAAGAAUGUAUAAAAUAUGUAUAAAUAUAUAAAUUAAUUGAAUAUAAUCUAUGAAAUUAAUCUAUAAACUUAAGUCUGAGUUGGGGACCAGCUGACAAAGGUGACCAGUGGUUUGUUGUCAUUUAAAAGAAGAUGCUAUACAUAACCUAUAUUAUGGGAGUUUGAAUAAUUUUGAAAAUGUUACAUUGAAUAAUAAAUAAAUCUAGGCUCUAAGUUGAAAUCAAAAACUCAAAUAAAAUGAAUUAGAGAGAAUUGGUAGCCUCUUUGUAGGUUGAACUAAAACUAAACAAGGUAUCCUAAAUAUCUUAAUUUAAAAAAGAAAAAGGUAAUUAUAAGGAUAAGUUGAUUUAGAUACUGUUAAAGACUGUUAGAAAAAUGAAAAUUGAAAACUGGUUAGAAUUAAGUGUACAUCUCAUAUUAUGUAUAAAGAAGACCUGUUAAUUGUUAGAGGUGAUUAGAUUGAUAAGAUUUGUAGUUUCUUCAUUUCUUCAUCUUAGGUUGUUUGAGGGUGAUGACUCUGGUGUUUACUUUUUGUUAUCAUUCUACUGAUGUAGCAGUUGACAAAUUCUAACUUUUCAUUAAGGCUUGUGGUGUUUGGGCAUUCAAAAAUUUUCUGAAUCUCUAUAGCUUCCAAUACAUUUAAAAGUCUUCCUUUUUCAGAUAUGUGUAGGAGGUUAACAUCUUGGUUACUAUUGAAUCCGUGUCCUGUUUCAAUCAGAUGGUCUGCAAAUUUUGAGGUGUAUUUACCAUUUCUUCCAUGCUGAUUUGUGUUCUGAGAUUCUAACACUAAAUUUUCUCCCAGUCUGACCAAUGUAUUUGGCAUUGCACUCCCCACACUUCAACAUGUAGACACCACUUCUUUCCCAUUUUUCUAUUUUGUCUUUUGAUGCACUUAAUAGUUUAUUUAAGAUGGGAGAGUUUUGAAGGCUACUCGAAAACCAUUUUUCUUAAGAAGUUUACCUAAUUUCUCUGACACUACUCCUAAAUAAGGUAUUGAAAUCCAGUUAAUUUCUUCCUGUGAAUUUGGUGUGGUGUAAACUUUUUCCAUUAUCUGUUUGUCCUUCUUCUUCCUCAACAUUUUCAUUUCAAAUCAUUUAUUGUAGCCAUUUUUAUGUGCAAUUCUGAGUAUUGUGUCCAGUUCUCUGUUGAAUUCUUCUUCCUCCAAUGAAAUACUUGUUAAUCUGUCCAGCAUGGAGUGGAAGGCUGCUGAUUUGUGGGAUUGUGGAUGGCAAGAGAAAUUUGGUAUGACUGUGUCCAUGCUGGUUGGCUUCCUGAAGAUGGCAAAUUUAUGUUUUCCUUCAUGGUGAGAGAUGGUCAGGUCCAGGAAGUUGAUUGUGUUGUUGAUCCCAACUUCUUUUGUGAACUGGAUGUUUUUGUGUAUGCUGUUGAUGAAGUUGUGGAAUAGAUCUAACUGUCUGUUUGAAUCAUUCCAUAGACAAAGGAUGUCAUCCACAUACCGGAAUCAGUAUCCUAUUUGAUUUUUGAACCGUGAAGAGUUGAGGAUUAUUUUUUCAAAACUGUCCAUAAAUAUUUCAGCUAACAGAGGUGAAAGUGGUAAGCCCAUGGCUAGUCCGUGUGUUUGUUGGUAGAUUUGGCUAUUGAAUUUGAAGAAAUUUUGGUUUGUACAUAUUUUCAAAAGAGUCACCAUUUCUUGGAUUUAUUAAAAUUCAAAAAAUGAGAUUGCUCCAAUUCUUUUAUCUCUAUUGGAGGUUUUCUUGGAACCAAUCUGAUCAGAUUUGCCCAAUCUUUCGGAAAAUCAAUUUCUGCUGUUGUGCCCCUUUUCACUUUUUCGAUGCAGGCAGGAAUUGUGUCAGCCUACAUGUGAGUAUGACCAGGCUCAAGGAACUUCUGAUUGUUUAAUUGAAUUAUGCUCUCAUCCUCAUCAACAGAAUUCAAAUAGUUCAGAAUCAUUACAGAAAAGUAUAAGUUCUGGUUCUGACCAGAGCAGGAGUCACUGUACAUAUUCACUUGCUCACAUUCUUUGGGCACAUCACACUCAAACUCAAGUGCACUUUGGGCACGUUGCUCACAUCAAAUAAAAGUUAUGAGUUAAAAUAUGAGUAAAUACUGUUUCUAUGACAAACUGGUUAUUCAAAAUAACAAUAAUAGUAUAAACUGACAAAACCAGGACUUUUUAAAUUGAAACUCACUGCAUGAAACUGGAAAGUUUUUGACUGUUGAAACAGUCAUCAUCUGUAGUCAGUUUCAAUGUAUUUCAUUAAUAAAUUACAGCAAUUGUUACCUACAUUCAGUCAUAAUUACAAUAAUUAUGCCUAAUAACAGGAACAAUUUGAUCUAAACUUAGAAUAUUCUAGAAUAUCAUGAGCAAAAUAUUAUUCCUGUAAUACAAGAACAUCCAAAUCAUUAGAGCAUACAUUAGCACAUUGAGUACUAUUAGAGUUUCAUAACACAUACAGAUUUUUAAAUAACACACUAGCCAACAUCUAUACUGUGAUAAAAUAUGCAAUGAACCGAAACAAGAGGUACCCUAGUAGAAUUAGUGAAUUAUGAUGAAAUAAACAUGAAAGUGAAUGAGAUAAUAGAUUGAACCUGGUGUUUUUUACUUUCUUCAACAAUUGAAAGCACAUAAAAAAUAUAUUAUGAACACUUGAGGAUAUUAUCAAUGGACAUUUUUUUCCAAUUCCAGUAUCACCAUGAAAUUGAUCAAAUGAAAAUUCUACUUGAUGCUCCCGCCUUACAACAGAAUUAAGAAAACUUAGAUUCCCAUAAAUUAAAGUAGCUUUAUCUACCUGUAUCCAUUAGCUGCAUAUUAUUGCAUUCAAUGGUAAGCAAUUCUUUAUUCACCUCAAUUGCUUCCAAUAAUUUAACUGAUCCAAACUUACUCCAACAAUUCCCACCCUCUUCUAAAAAUGAAUUCAAAUUUUGGUAUGAAAACAACAUGUAGGAAAAAUAUACUGUAGGUGUGGGUGAGUACACCUAGAAAAAAAAUUGUAGUUUUGGUUACCCAGACCCAGUAACACAAAAUAUGGUCAUUUAAAUUUAGGUUAAUAACUUCCUCUUCAAAGGUAAUUUAAAAUCAAGAAUAUCUCAAUUCCUUCUUAUAAAUGUAUCUAUCACAAUAAAUUUAAUACUUUGAUGGUAGCUUUCAUUGAUAAUAAUUUCCUUAAUUAUAUUAUAAAUCUAUGACAUACCUUUAGUAGUGGUUAUAGGAGGAAAAUGUCCAUUGUAAGGUGACAAUUUGAUAUCCUCUGUUCUUAAUUAAAGCAUUUACUGAGGCAGAAAAAACUAGAACAUGCUAUUGGAACAGAUGGUUCCACAGCCAAAUACUAACAAGCCUAAAGCUGGCAUAAAAGUAAAGAUUAACACAAAAUACUGAGACUACAUUAUUCAGUUCUUCUAGGGACAAUGGACAGAUGCUGAAUGAAUCCACUUCGCUUCUCUCGUCUUGCCGUGGACAGCUGUAAACGGCCUCACUAGAUAGGAACCUAACCAACGUUAACUGUGAUUGGCAGUUACUAUUUUAUUAAAAAUAUUCAUCACAAUUUCUGCCAAUAGAAAGGAACGGUACAACUACAAUAUUUAAGAUACAUUCUCCCACCAAGUGACAGCUAUUUUCCAAAUUCUCAACCAAAUAAGGCAUGAUUGAUAAUCAAUCGGACACAAAUUCCUUGCCUUAUAAGGUCAUAAACCAGACUGAUGCUCCAGGAAAAUUUUUGAUUUUCUUAGUACUAUAACUUCUACGCACACACUAACAAAGUCAACACAACACAACACAGAAAAGCAAAGCAGCGAAAUAAAAUGUUAUACAGGACUGACUUCUCAUGAUAAUUCGCAUAAUCCUCAUCAUUCACAAUUGGAACAAUGAAUAUUGUUACAGUCUUUCCCUGAAAUAAGCAAUCUUCAUAUAAUUUGAAACUUAAUUGCUUUCCUAAGCACUUUUUGUUAUACCCUUCACUACCUUCUUUUCUUCUGUAUUAUCAGAUAAUAUGAAUGAAUACAUUUUAGGUUUCAAACCAGAUUUAGUUCGUUCGGAAAUAUUUUUUUAAUAUAGUUAUAAUGGAAAUCAAACAUAACUGCUUUACUUUCCUCUAGAAUUACCAUUCCAACAUAAAUUGGUUUAUUUAACACUAUCUCAACUUUAUUUAAAGUUACUCCAACAACAUUUUCUCCAAAUAAAUGCCAGUUUUUAGUUCUUGGUUUUGAAAUGAGUUUGUGUAGUUUUUUUCAUUAGUUACAAUUUCAAAAUCAGAAUGUUUUUUCACAUUCAUUAAAGUUCGUCCAUAUAUACUAUUAUCCAUUAGUUUAUAAAGAUUACGUUCAAAGUCAUUAUGUGCAUUUCUUCUUAAUUGAGUAUUCAAGUUUAUAAAUGGUUCCAACAAUUUAGAUUGUAGAAAUUUAAUCCCUCUAUGAAUUUUCUUGAGCUUCAUGCCAAGUCUUAGGUAUAGUUUCAAAUUAUUAAUAUGUAUUAUGUAUUUCUCUCUAUCUUUCAAAGUAGUCAACAACUUUUCAGUUUUUCCAUUUGGUGGUUUUUCUUUCACCGGUGCUAAAGGAUAGCCAUUAUGACUGUUAUGAAGAUGUCUUGGGUAUUCAAGAUCUACUUCCAAUACAUAUCCUACAUUACUUUGAUCUUGUUCUACAUCAAAUUCUUGAAUUUCUGCUUCUGUCAUACAUUCAAAAUUUGAAGGUGGUAGAUUACAACUCAUUCCCACAGCAUAAAGAUUAUUACAGUCCCAAUAGAUAAUGUAUGUUUCUGGCUCAUUUAUCUUGAAAUCAUCCAUAUAUCUAUUAUUGGCUUUUGCAUAGCGGUGUGGAAUAAUACUAAUUCCUCCCCUUUUUUCCCUAAUUCCUUUUUCAAAGAAUAAAUACUGAUCAGGAUCAGAAAUUAAUUGCAAUUCUACUUUUGUGUAUUUCAACAUAGCAGACCAGGAAAAGUGAGGGAGAGAGUAGCAAUGUGCUACAUCCAUGUUGUAUGUAUUCAUGAACGUUUUCUUAAAGUUUUCAAAAACAUCAGCAAGGAGAAGAAUAUCUAUUUUCAAAUAAAAAUCAUGGAAUUGUACAAGAUUCUCUAUUUUGAAAACUUCCCAUACUGUUUUUGCAUGCUCAUACUCUUCUACAGUUGCAUUUUUGUCACCUAUAGAACUUAUCAAUAGUUGGCAAUUUAGUUUCAAGGAAUUUUUGAAAAUUGUUUUUAUAUUCAUAUGGAUACAAUUGUUUUUUUCUUAGUAGAUAAAUUUUAUUUGGAGGGAAAUGUUGUUGAAGUAGCUUGAACUCAGGAUUUAUAGCAACUAAUUUAUCAAGAGAAGAAUGUAGAAAAUUCAAUGAAUCUAUAAAUCCUUAUGUGUUAUUCAAUGUCAUUGUCAUUAUUUUCUCACUACUUUUUGCAAUAGUGCUAAUUUUUUUCUAUAAUUUCCAAGAGAUUUCAAAAUGAGAUGCAUAUCAUAUCCAUUUAGUUUGUGGAAAAUUACUGGUAUGAAUUUUACUUUUUUCAUAUUUUAAUUAUCAUGUGCAGCACCAAUAGACUUUCCUGUUGAGUGAGAGUGAUGUCUGACCCUAUCAAUGAAAUCUAUUGGUUUUGUACAUAAACAACAAGAUUUUUGUUGUACAUAUGUCUUUUCAUCUUCUGUAGUGAAAUUCAUAUCAAUAAUAGUUUGCAAUUUCUUUUUCAAUAUAACACUAUGUAUUUCUAAUUCAUCUAUGAAAUGAUCAAUCAAUUUCUCAGAUUCCUCCAAGCUAUUAGCCCUAACAAUUUUUGGACUACAAUAUAAUUAUCUCUAUUAUUGUAUGCUUCCUUCCUCUAUUCUUUGAUGUGAAUAUGGGAUAUAUAAUAUCCUUCUCAUCCUCAUAACUCAACACAUUAAUACAAAUAUCUUAAUUGAAACUCAAUUUUUUUGAAUUUUUUCUAU